GCAUACAGGGUCCAGGCCAACAGGCACCUUAGCUCCAUAGCCCACCCUCCUCACGCACACCUGUGACGUCUGGCGCGCCCCCUGCCCGCACGCGCGCGGCCCACGCAGCUCUGGACACAGGCAGCCGAGGUUGCGGAGUCCCUCCACUCCGAGGCGCCAGGGGCCAAGCAGCGAUUAGGUGGCUGCGUGGGUGACUGUGGUCGUGACAGGUGGCUGCAAGCAGGGUCGCAGGUGCAUUCGAGCGGGUUGGUGGCCUACGUGGUGUGUGCUUGAGCUGAGCCACCGUGGAAGACAUGCUGCUGCUCAAGAAACAGACGGAGGACAUCAGCAGUGUCUAUGAGAUCCGGGAGAAGCUGGGCUCGGGUGCCUUCUCUGAGGUGAUGCUGGCUCAGGAAAGGGGUUCUGCUCAUCUUGUGGCCCUCAAGUGCAUUCCCAAGAAAGCACUUCGGGGCAAGGAGGCCCUGGUGGAGAAUGAGAUCGCGGUACUCCGCAGAAUCAGCCAUCCCAAUAUUGUGGCUCUGGAGGAUGUCCAUGAGAGUCCUUCCCAUCUCUACUUGGCCAUGGAGCUAGUAACAGGUGGUGAACUGUUUGAUCGCAUCAUGGAGCGGGGCUCCUACACAGAGAAGGACGCCAGCCACCUUGUAGGGCAGGUCCUUGGCGCUGUCUCCUACCUUCAUAGCCUGGGCAUCGUGCACCGGGACCUCAAGCCUGAAAACCUCCUCUAUGCCACACCUUUUGAGGACUCCAAGAUCAUGGUCUCUGACUUUGGCUUGUCCAAAAUACAAGCUGGCAACAUGCUAGGCACAGCCUGUGGGACCCCAGGAUAUGUGGCCCCAGAGCUCCUGGAGCAGAAACCCUACGGGAAGGCCGUAGAUGUGUGGGCCCUGGGUGUCAUCUCCUACAUCCUGCUGUGUGGGUACCCCCCCUUCUAUGAUGAGAGCGAUCCUGAACUCUUCAGCCAGAUUCUGAGGGCCAGCUAUGAGUUUGACUCCCCCUUUUGGGAUGACAUCUCAGAAUCAGCCAAAGACUUCAUUCGCCACCUUCUGGAACGUGAUCCCCAGAAGAGAUUCACCUGCCAACAGGCCCUACAGCAUCUUUGGAUCUCCGGGGAUGCAGCCUUGGAUAGGGACAUCCUGGGAUCUGUCAGUGAGCAGAUCCAGAAGAAUUUUGCCAGGACCCACUGGAAGCGUGCAUUCAACGCCACAUCAUUCCUACGUCACAUCCGUAAGCUGGGACAAAGCCCAGAGGGUGAGGAGGCCUCCAGGCAGUGUAUGACCCGUCAUAGCCACCCAGGCCUUGGGACUAGCCAGUCCCCCAAGUGGUGACAACUAGGUAGAUGCCAAGGAAGGCCAAGUGGACUGACUCCCGGUUUUUCUUUCCUCCAGCCCUUUUGGUCUCCUUCCUGGAUCCUUGUCCUCCAGACUGGUCUCUGCUGGGAAGUCUGAGACUGGGUGUGAUGCAUGGCACUAGGGUACAGGGCUUCCCCAGUAUGUCCCCCAGUCUCUAUCCUUACCUAUGGUGGAGGCUCCCUUUCCCAUGUUGCUGCCAACCUCUAUGGAAACUGAGGAGGUGCUCAAAAGUGGAUUUGGGGGCCAUCCUUCCUGAAUCUUGCACACACACAUGCUUUGCGUGGCUGUUCUGUGCUUUGCUGACUGUGGGUGGUCCUGCUUGUGUUGUGGCCCUUUAGUUCCUCCUUUUCCCAACCAAUAAAGACAAACAGAACAAUG